AUGGCCUACUCGUCCCGACCAACCUCAAUGCUUCCGGGCGGACUACGCCAACCAGCCAGCCAGCCAUCAUCGGCGCUGUCGACGCGUAUCGCGGCCAAAAAGGCCGAGCUUGAGAAUCUCCGCCAGCUACGCGAUUUGAGCGGUACCCUGGCCAUGCAAAUGCAAGCGCUCGAGAGCAAGAUUGCCACGUUGAAGGAUGGUACAGAAGCGGUUGCGUGCGUCCUUGCCAAUUGGGAUAAUGUCCUUCGUGCUAUCAGCCUUGCAUCCAAGAAAGCUAGUGGUCUUGACGACGCCGCCGGAGCCGAGGGGGCCGAUGACCAGACUGAGACUCGCUUGCCAGCCACCUUGGUUCGCAUCCCCGCCGAGUCAAGCGAGAAGGCUGGUGAGUGA